AUGGAGACCUCUAUGGAGGAGAGCUUAUCCUAUGAUGAAAAUCUCCUUGAUAAAAAAGCUUUCAGGAGCUUCCUAAGACUGAGCAGAAUUCUAAGGCAAUUUCCUAAGAGGAGUGGCAUUGAAUGUGUUCUUUGCCAAGAAAAAACAAAGAUCCACAACCUUCAUGACAUGUUCAAGGCAUAUGCCUGUGCAGUUUCCUGCCUUGUCCAUCACACGGAAUCUGUUGGAAGUGUGGAUAUCUUGGUGUUUUUCGAGGUCGAGGACUUCGUAAUGAGAAAAAUAGGGCGAAGAGAAAUGUGCAUAGUCAAGGAUGUUCUAGAUUACAAAAAAGACACCAAGGAGAUGUACGAGGAGGCAUUAAGGGAUCAACUGGUGGCUGUGUUCAAGACAUAUUUUAUAGAGGAUGCCAUCAAAAUUAAUUGUGAGCAGGAUAUUGAAUCAAUAACUUACAAAUACUAUAAAUUGGCAGAUGAUAGCCUAAGAAAGGAAUUUACGACAAGAAGUCUAGAACUUGUUCUGGUUAUUCUGUUCAAGAGAAACGAGAUAAUCAGAUUCUUCAAAGUUUUUUCAUCCAACAAAAAGAGCCAUGCCGCCUUCAAGCUUGCAUUGUUGCUCACAAUGAAAUCUGAAUCUCAUAUCUCAACAGAAGGCUUGCUAAAAGAGUUUGAAGGGUUUUCAUUUGAAAAAGAUAGUUUAUUUCCAUACAGUGGGGAUAUUGGAAGCCUGUGCAGGAUCAGUAAGAUGCUAGAAGAUUCGGAAAUGGACACUGGAAAGUGGUUUGAAAUGCAGAAGGAAAGAGUGUAUUGGGAAGAGUGUGUUCAGAUGUGGGCGGUAAACAGAGAAAGUGAUGCGGUUGCCAUGGAUAACUCGAUGGUAGAGCUUUGCAUAAAAAACAAACGCUAUGAAGAUGGAUGGCUGAUAUAUAAAAGUGAUAUAGAAGGCACCAAUGUAAGCGUCAGUAAGGCUUGUAUUCUUUGUUUCAAGGGGCUAAAGAAUAACCCUGAAGGAAACACCUGGAAGGCUAGAAUAGGAGAGGUUGUAGAGUAUUCCAUAUCUACCGGUGACAUUAGCUCACUUCACAUCCUAAUAGAUGAGGUUAUGAUUAAGCUUCAUGAAGUUCCACCUAUCCAUAGAGUUUCUAUUCUCAGAAGAUUCUCAAAAAUGAUUAGAUGCUUGCAUAAGAAUGAAGAUUUGGUUGUGAGCUUUUUUAAAGGGCUUCAAGAAUUAUGCGCCAAAUGCGAAGAUUUAGAAACACGAGAUCUAUGUGUAAGGUACUCUGAGAAAGCCUAUGAAGAAUGGAUAAGAGCCAAAAAGAAGAAGUUUUUGUUUUUCAAAAAGCAAAGCCAGCAAGAUGUUCAGAUAUACAGAGCCUUGCUUGAAAUUUAUGGUACUGUGAAGGAUUGUGGGAGGUUCUACAGUGUCUAUCAGGACCUUAUAAAAUCAAAUGUCGAGCCAAGCAGGGAAUUGUGUAUGAAGUUAGAAAGUCUCCAUAUUCAAGACUGUGAGGAAUGCAUCUUAAAGAGAAACCGAGUUGUUGUAAGCAAGAAUGGGAGAAACGCAUUUAAUUUCCUGAAUAAACCUUAA